UUAAAUUCCCUAGAUCCUCUCAAUAAUUUUUGUAAUUCCCGCUGAUGCGCGCAUCGACUGUUUGUAUUGAAUUGUUGCUGGGCGACGGUAAAUAGUUUUCCUUCGGCUCAAAAUUUCGUUGUCGAUUUUUGAAAAGUGCUUCUACAACAUUUCACGAUGGUCGAGUGUUUCGACAUAAAUUUCUCCGAUCUGAGCGUGGACGAUAAGGACAAACAGUUCCACUCUGUUGUGGGUCACAUCGAGGACAUCCUGAUGGAGGACGAGUUCGUCGCGAUGCACAAUGCGUUCAUGGAGAAACAUUGGACCGAAUUCGAGGAUACGGAGGAGAACAAGUUCAUCUACACGGACAUCUUCAGGGAGUACGGCCGCACCAUCGAGAAGUAUAUAGAAGAGGAGUUGAACGAUCGCGUACCGAACUUCAAUAUGAUUCAAUUUGAAAACGAAUUGAAAUUGCGACAACACGAUUUGGAUGGAGAGAUCUUCGAGAUGCUGGCGACUUUUAGCGAUUUUUGCGCGUUCAAAAUGAUGUUCCUCGACUACAAAAAUGUGAGUUUGCGCAUGGAAUGUUACAAAAAUAUAAUUCAAUCGUUUUGUUUGUUCAUGAUUUGGCUGAAGAUGAAGGAGGGGAGGACUGUGGAUUUUUCACUGGACCUGAGUGUGUCGAAAUACGUUGUAAAUCCUUUUUAAUCGCUUGCAUAAAAAAA